CCGCCACCGGGCAACCUGCUACAGCCCGAUUUUCACGUUAGCAGAUUACAAGUCAAACCUCUCCACGCCAACAUUUUGUGCUUUUUUUUAAUAUUUUUUUCUUCUACGAUCCAGUACCAAUAUCCAGUGGCAGUAACAAGGACAUUGAUUACAAAGGUCCAAUAUGCCAUCGCGACAAGAGUUAGCCGCUCCUUCCUCGGCACCGGCACCGGCUCCGGCUCCAUCGAAGAAGAAGAAGCCCAAAAAGAUAACCGGCCCUCCUCCCCGUUCUAGACCUUUCAAGCGCCCGUACCAUUUAUCCAAGGACCGCCCCAUGUCUUGGUAUCGGAGCGACGCCAACCGACUUUCUCUCUGGUCUCCAUUGUGUGAGGCCUUCCCCAUCCUCGACAAGCUUCCUAAGCUCCAACAAAGACCCUACGGGGACGAUGACGAGCCCAUAGCCGUAAACGGCUUCGAUGCCACAAAGAAGCAUUUCUACGCUGCCCAGGCCAGAUGGGAACGAGCCAUGGAGAUCAUGGAGGAGGAGGGACGACGGAUGGUAUACCAUGGAGAAACGAUGCGCGAAGAGGCGCAGGCGUGUCAUAAGUGGGUGGGCCAGGUUGGCAAGCUGACGUGGGAAGGGCACCAUGGAAGGAUGAAAAAUUAUGACGCCUUCCAGGAGGCGUUGGAUAAGGUCUGUAAGAUGAACAAGAAGGCCGUGGAGACGGUCAAGGAGGUACAAGAGCCCACGAAGAAAUGGCCGAGGAAGACCCGACCGACGACGAUGAAGAGGACGAAAUUGAAGCGGUGGCUUCUCUGCUCUUUCCUCGGUUUUAAGGCCACAACUAGCUAG